AUGCGGGGGAAGAGCCGGGGAGCCGCAGGACGGGAUGGCAGCGAGCGACCGGGCUGCUCCGGGAAGCGCUGCCCGCGGCCGUGCGGCUCGGGGCUGGCCGCCCUCCUCUCGGCGCUGGCGGCCGCAUCCUGCCUCUACCUGGGGGUGCGGACCAGCGACCUCCAGGCCAGGCUGGCGGCCAUCGAGGGAGCCCGAGGGGGGUCCCCGGCCGCCGCCGCUCCGCUCCCGCCGCUGCCCGGCUUUUCCCUGGAGCAGCUGAACGCGAUGAUGCAGGAGAAAGUGGAGCGGCUCCUCGCCCAGAAGUCCUACGAGCACUUGGCAAAAAUACGAGUCGCGAGAGAAGUGCCUCCAGAAUGCAGCUGCCCACCAGGUCCUCCAGGGAAAAGAGGUAAGCGGGGCAGAAGAGGAGAGACUGGACCUCCUGGUCAGCCUGGUCCUCAAGGCCCUCCUGGUCCAAAAGGCGAGAAGGGAGAUCAAGGUGAUCAGGGCCCUCGGGGUCUGCCAGGCUUCCCCACAGUUGCUGCUCUGCACAGUAAUCAGAUCCUCACCGUCAAGGGGGACCAAGGACAAGCUGGACCCCCUGGGCCUCCAGGACCGCCAGGACCCAGAGGUCCCCCAGGAGAUACUGGCAAAGAUGGUCCUCGAGGGAUGCCUGGUAUUCCGGGUGAGCCUGGAAAAACAGGUGAACAAGGACUGACAGGACCUCAGGGGCCUCCAGGACAAAAGGGUUCUGUUGGAGUGCCUGGUGUUCCAGGGAGAGACGGACAAGUGGGUGAACCUGGUUUGCCUGGUGUAGCAGGAGAGAAGGGAGCAGCAGGACUUAAGGGUGAUGCUGGAGAAAAUGGACCAAAGGGUGACACAGGAGAAAAGGGUGACCCUGGUUCAUCUGCUGCAGGAAUUAAGGGAGAACCUGGUGAAUCUGGGCGACCUGGACAAAAGGGUGAACCAGGUUUCAUUGGUCCACAAGGAGAACCUGGAUUGCCAGGGCUGCCAGGAACAAAGGGUGACAGAGGAGAGGCAGGCCCACCUGGGAAGGGUGAGCGGGGUGAACCUGGACUUCCUGGACUAAAGGGGAAAACAGGUGAAUCUGGAUCUAGAGGCCCAAAAGGGUCAAAGGGUGAUACAGGUGACAGAGGUGACACAGGAUCUCCAGGUCCAAGGGGGCCACCUGGACAGAAGGGUGAUCAAGGUGCAACAGAGAUAAUUGAUUAUAAUGGCAAUAUUCAUGAAGCUCUUCAGAGGAUUGCCACCCUCACUGUCACGGGCCCACCAGGACCACCGGGACCCCAAGGGCUGCAAGGUCCAAAGGGUGAACCAGGAUCCCCAGGAGUUCCAGGAGUUGAUGGGGAGCAGGGUCCUAAAGGAUCAAAAGGAGAUAUGGGUGAACCCGGAAUGCCUGGAGAAAAGGGAGGAAUUGGACUUCCUGGCUUGCCAGGAGCCAAUGGUAUGAAAGGUGAAAAAGGAGAUGCUGGUUUGCCUGGUGCCCAAGGCCCUUCAAUCAUAGGACCACCUGGACCACCAGGGCCACAUGGUCCUCCAGGCCCCAUGGGACCUCAUGGUCUGCCUGGCCCAAAGGGAGCAUCUGGCUUAGACGGAAAGCCAGGACCCCGGGGUGUAGAUGGCCCAGUUGGUCCCCAUGGCCCUGCAGGUCCUAAAGGAGAUAGAGGUGAAAAGGGAACAGUAGGUGACCCUGGACCCAGAGGACCGUAUGGCUUGCCUGGUUUCCCUGGUCCUCGAGGAGAAAAGGGUGAUAUAGGAGAAAAGGGAGAAAAGGGAUUCCGUGGAAUUAAGGGGGAAAAAGGGGAGCCAGGCCAGCCUGGCCUGGAUGGGCUGGAUGCCCCUUGCCAAUUGGGUCCUGAUGGCUUACCCAUGCCUGGCUGUUGGCAAAAGGGAGUCACACCAUGGCUUAUUGCUAAAAAGAGAUAA